GCCAAAUUACAGCAGGAUGAUCAGUUUGAAUGGCACAAAUUAUCACAAGUGGAAGGGUAAAAUGAAGGAUUUACUCUUUGUGAAAAAGCUGCAUCUACCAGUGUUUUCUACUCAGAAGCCAGAGUCAAAAAGUGAUGAAGAGUGGGCUUUUGAACAUGAAAUGGUUUGUGGUUUCAUUCGUCAGUGGGUAGAUGAUAAUGUUCUGAAUCACAUCUACAAUGAAUCUCAUGCUAGAUCUUUGUGGGACAAGCUUGAAUCCUUGUAUGCAUCAAAAACUGGGAAUAACAAGCUGUAUUUGCUCAGGCAAGCUAUGAAUCUUAGAUUCAAGGAAGGUUCUUCUAUUUCUGACCACUUGAAUGAAUUUCAAGGGUGUUUUGAUCAGUUGUCAAACAUGGGCGUAAAGUUCGAGGAUGAGAUUUUGGGACUUUGGUUGCUGAAUACUUUGCCUGAUUCUUGGGAAAAUCUUCGUGUGUCUUUGAUUAGUUCUGCUCCCGGUGGUACAGUAACUAUGGAUUAUGUCAAAGCUGCCGUUCUGAAUGAAGAAGUGAGACGUAGAACUCAUGAGACAUCUACUUCAAAAUCAGAUGUCUUGGUUACUGAAAAUAGGGGGAGAAGUAAAAACAGAGAUCAUGGAGAAUUCAAAAAGGGCAAGAGCAAGAGCAAGUCCAGAUCAAAAUACCAAAAUGUUGAGUGCCAUUAUUGUCAUAAAAAGGGGCAUUUGAUGAAAAAUUGCUUCAAGCUGAAGAACAAAGACAAGAACAAGCCAGAAGGGAAAGAUGGUGAAAAUGAUCGUCAUGUUGCAGCCACGACUUCAUGUGAUCUGAUAGUUGUUUCUGAUAACGACUUGAUUAAUGUUGCCUCUGAUGAAUCAAGUUGGGUUAUCGAUAGUGGUGCCGCUUUCCAUGUGACGUCAAGGAAAGAUUUCUUCACAUCUUAUACUCCAGGUGAUUAUGGUGUAUUGAAGAUGGGUAAUGAUGGUCGUUCACAGGUUAUUGGCAUUGGAGUUGUUGUCCUAGAAACCAAAACUCGGAUGAAGUUAGUGUUGAAGAACGUGAGACAUGCACCAGAUAUUUGCUUGAAUCUAAUAUCUACCAGUGUCUUGGAUGAUGAAGGUUAUGUGAGUACCUUUGGUGAUGGGCAAUGCAAAAUCACUAAGGGUUCUCUUAUUGUGGCUCGUGGGAAGAAGUGUUCAGGUUUAUACUGGACCAAUGCUUCAGUCUUUGUUGAUUCUGUCAAUGCAAUCGAGAGUGAUAGUUCUUCAGAAUUAUGGCAUAGAAGACUCAGUCACAUCAGCGAGAAGGGUCUUGAUUGUUUAGCCAAGAAGAAUGUUCUGUCAGGAGUGAAGGAUGCAAAUUUAAAAAGACUUUAUGAUCCUGUUGAGAAGAAGCUUGUCAGAAGCCGUGAUGUUAUCUUUAUGGAGGAUCAGAAUAUUGAAGAUAUUCAGAAGAUGGAGAAGUCAGAGUCUCAAAAUUAUGAUGAUCUUGUUGAUUUGAAUCCAACUCCCGUGGCUCAGACGCCUAAUGCUACCAAUGGAGAUCAGAAUGAUGAUAACAAUCAUGUCCCACAUGAUUUUGCCGAUGGUAAUAGUGAAGAAGAAUCAAAUGAGGUACAUAAUCAACCUCAUGUUGAUAACAAUUCACCUACAGUUGCUCUCAGGAGGAAAGACAUAUCAAAACCCAAGUGGCCUGAUAAACUAGGAAUGGCUGAGAUAGCUGAGAGGAAGGCUAGUCUCUGGAAAACAACAUGAAUAAUCUGCAACGGGAAUAUCUAUUGUUUCAUUGAAGAAGCUUUGUACGUGGAAAAUCUAUUCGCUAAUGACUUAGUCUCUUCUUUUCCAAAGGGAAGUAUGGUUUUAUAGAACAUGCCAAAAUUGAGAGAUCGUGUGGGUUUUUUCGAUCUCUUGAUUUCGUCACCGCAGGACUUCUUCAGCAAUUGAGUAACCAGUGGAAUGUCUUGGAAAUUAUAUUCAUGAUUCUGAUCAGAUUUUUCUUCUGUGCAAGAAUCCUAUAAAUUGGUUUGUUUUUA